GAGAAAAAAAAAUUAUUGUUUACAAAAUAACUUUGUUGGUUGUUUGAAAAUAUUAAAUAUACUGUAGAAAUAGUUUUUGUAAAUAAAUUUAAUUUAUCGCCAUGUUUUAUUUACAUAGUACUGAAUGCGUUCCAAAAGAUUUAAUGUGUGAAAUUCAAAUACAUAUUGAAAAAGAAUCAUUAAAAACGUCCAAAUUUAAUUGUGAUUUAUGGAUAAAUGAGAACAUUUUAUUAUUUAACUGGGAUAAUGUUUACAAAAAGAUAAAAUGUUCCAAUAAAUUUGAUGUAAAAGAUUUGAAAAGCCUUAUAAUAAACUAUAAUAGAAGUGCUUCAGAUAUUUCUUUUGAAAUUCCUUGUCUUCCGAGCGAUAAAAAAGAAAAAGUUCCAGAUAAAAAAUAUGUAUACGAUAAUAAUGGAGACACUUUUGAUAUUUUAAAAAUGAAAAAAAUUACUGACACCUGCAUUUUAAAGGUAGACGGUGUUGAAACACCAAUAGAAACUUCAUAUAACUAUGGCUUUAAUGGAAACUAUUUCGAAGAUACUACUAUGCUUAAAACUGAUUUGAAACCAAUUUGCCAAAUAAGAAACCCUUCACAUAAAAGUGCUAUUGAUCGCUUUUGUAAAAGAGAACGUGAUGAAUACAAAGAUUUUUCUCAAGACCAAUAUAAAUUAAAUUUUAUUGAAUUACAAGUACCUGAUGGUCAUGAAAACCCUAUGAAUUAUACUUUUAAUUUAAAUGAUUCAAAUUUAAGUUCAAAAGAAGAAUAUACCUUAAAGACUAUAUGCUCCAAAUCAUCAUUUUGUUUUAAUGAACAUAACCGCCAAAGAAUCGAUAAUGAAUUAAUAGGAAUUUUACUUGCAAUUUGUUACGAUGUCAGAACAAAUGGUGGCGAACAAAAUUGUGAAAGUGCAUGGACGAGAACAAUUCUUUCUCCUGCAUUAAGUUAUUUUGAACCAACAUUGAAUUUGGAAAGUGCAAUUGAAAUAUUUUGUAGAAGGUCUUUAAUAUAUCCUUUAUAUCGCAAUUAUGAUUUGGGUAGACUUUGUGUCGAAGAUGCUAUUCACGCUUUACAAAAAGGUUUCAAAUGGAUUCUUAAGCAAUUAAUAUUAACGUAUUAUUCGUUUUUGGAAUGUGAAGAUAGUAGGCAACUUUUAAAUAAGUAUUUCAUUGAAGAUUAUAUAAUAUAUGUGAAUACAGUUGCGACACCAGACAAUUUCAAAUUUUUGGCAAAAAAUUUGAAAAAUUCUUUUUUGAGAGUAUCAAAAAAAAGCCUACGAUUACAAUUGCUUGAAAUCGAAACAGAACUUUUAAAAGAAUUAAUAUCGGAUAUUCAUUUAACGAACUCAGAUGAUUCUGAUGAUGAAAACGAAUCUUCUUCAGAUGAUGAAAUUGAUAAUGAUUUAUUUUCUUCAGAUGACGAAACAAAUGAAAAAACUUCCGGUUCCACUAAUAACAAAUAUUACAAAUAGGUUGUUAUAUAUUUAUAAAAAUUUCCUCUGUUGUACACCGCAUAAUUACUAUUGAUGCAAUAUAAUAAGUGGGUGUAUAAUGGAUCUAUGGAAAAUUGUAAGUUGUAAAAUUUAUAUUUUUGCGUGGAUUUAUAAAUAAUUUUUUACUUGAUAAAAUAUAAAGAAAAAAGA